CCAAGAGAUAAGGUCUACAAAUCCAUUAAAUAGCGGAAAGAGAAGUUCAGGAAAGCCUAAAAUCCCCACACGCAAUUGGAGAUGGCCAAAUCAUCACACUCCAUCUCAAGGCUCUUCAGUCCUAUCUCCAAUCAACCUGGCAAUACCAGAAGACUAGGCCAAAUCCUCGAACUGCCAACCUGCUCACAUUUUGAGACCAGAGCUGCAGCUGUUUCUUCGCGUAAAGAUGAAGUCCAUCAGAUUUCGAAAAAAAAAUCACGUAAGGUUUCAAGAGCACCUCGCCAUCUGAUCACCAUUUCAACAUCAGGCGUGGGAUGGAACAGUAAAUGGAGCUGUGACUAUGUAUUCACCCUUGCAGAGCUUCAGUUAGCAGACCUGGCCGAAGAUGGACAGAAGGAUGCAGAGGUCUUUAUUAGCCUUUCGAUUCAGAAGGUGGUCUCCCUCGCAUUCUUAUUUUCUUUGAACCACACAGGUUUGAGAUCAUGCUAGCUGAGGUGUAAAAUCUGUACUUAGAUUGUCAAAUUCAACAAUCCUUUCAUCAAUUACAUUGUGGAUUUUAUGAGUUUCUAUCACUGGAGUUUUUUUGAUCUAUAAAAGAAAUCACCAAAAUAAUGCAUGAUGAUUGUGAUGAUUCAGAGCAAACAUUUGCUAACUAAUAGCCUCAAAUCCAAAAUCAACAAAAUAUUCUGCCACUGAACUUGGAUACCUAGCCUUAUAACACAUAGAUCAGCUUUAAUUGGUUCCAUAUGCUUCAUAAUUUAGGGUAAAGAUGGCACAUUUAAAGAAGCUUGUUUGUUUUGCUAAUAAUUUCAAGGAAACCCCUUUCAGCA